AUGAAAAUAGAAAAGUAUGGCUGGUCUGAAGGUUUGAAGUAAAUAACGGGAAACCACCAUAAUUUUUAUACGGCUAUUUCUAAUGAUGUCACUUAUAAGGAACUUGAAAACCUGUUGAAUUCUAAAAAUAUUAUGUUAAUUGAUGUUACAGAGACAUGGGGAAUUCUGGAGUAUCGAAAAAUCCCUGGGUCUAUCAAUAUACCAUUGGAUGAGGUAGGCGAAGCUCUACAGAUGAACCCAGGAGACUUCAAAGAGAAGUACAAUGAAGUAAAGCCCUCCAAAUCUGACCACCUAGUGUUUUCUUGUUUAGCUGGAGUGAAAAGCAAGAAGGCCCUGGACACAGCAGUAUCUCUGGGCUUUCACAGGUGUGUAGAUAAAGGAAAAAAUGGAUUCAUAAAUGUAUAA